AUGCCACCGCGCCAAAACCUUGGAUCGCUCUCUGGUAGCCGCUCGCAUAGCGAUGGGGCCUCACCAUCAGGCUCUGACACUCUCUACUUCUCCUUCGAGGAUUCGCCGCCUAGACCCCUACAGACUGCUUCUCGCUUUUCGCAUCCCCAUGCCACGCCAGAUCUGACACAGACAUGGCUUUCAGGCUCGACAAGCUCGCGUGCCAACCUCGACUUGCCUUUGCGUCACCAGGCAGUAGAUCUCUCGUCUAGCCUCACUGGAUCCUCGAGUGGUAUCGGCAGGGGAGUUGCAGGCCCUAGACGCAGACACCUCCUUUUCGCUGCCGUAGGAGGAAGUCCCACUGAGCUCUCAGAUGCGAAUUUGCUGGAUCAGGAUAGAGCAGACAUCUUCUCUCAGCUCGACACAGCGCCGAGCAGGAACAUUCGCCCGCACCCUAAUUCUCUGAUUUCGUCAUUCAGGCCAAGAUCGAGGGUCCUGACUGGACGAUCUGAUCCCAUGGACGUCGAAGAGCUCAGCAAUGUGUCAUCUCCCGCGGCUCCGUUGGUCCCUUUGGCUGGCACGACCUCAAGCAGCUCGACCAGAGCCAAACGCAACAUCGACCGCGUCGGAACGUCGCCGGAUUGGGCUUCCUUUGAUGCACCUGCCUUGCGCAGCGGUGCCCUCGGCGCGACCUCCGACUACCUGCAAUCCUGGCCAAGUUCUCAAGGGAGCAGUGCUCGGCAAGAAAUUGACGACUCUGUCGACGCCUCUUGGUCGACGACUUCUUCCUCAAGCUCGGCAUUGGCCGCUCCAUCAGGCAAUGCUCACAAGCGCCUGCGCCGUCGUGCACGCAACGCCAGUCCUCCUGCAAGCGAUAGCAUGGUCACUGAAUCCAGUCCACGCUCUCAGCCAGCUCCAAGAAGAUACGACAUUUCGUCGCGCAAUUCGGUCAGGGCUGAAAGUCGCGAACCGUACAUCUUCGAAUCUCUGUUUCCUCCUGCCUUAGGGCCUCCUUCCAGCUUGUCAGAAGAGACUCCUGCUGUUGUUUCGGCCCCAUCCAAUACGGCUAUGGCUCCUCUGCCCGUAAGGAAUGAGCUUUGGUCCACGUAUCGAGAGCCGAGACGCAUGCGUUCUUCGUCGUCGAUACUCUCCCUCCAGGCUAUCACAGACAGAGCCACCAGCUCUGCUAUUGCUGGCUCAACCUAUCCUCAUUCAGGUAGCAUCGCCAGGCUGACUCGCCGCCGUUCCCAAGAAGACAGCAUGGAUGUGGAUGGUCUGGACUUGCUCAGCAGCAGCUCAUCGGAAUUCUUGGCGAUGAUUGGAGAGCGGGCUUCAGCCAAUGUGAGCCAGUCGACUUCGACGUUCGACUACGACUCAUUGAUGGACGAUGUGCCUCUGGCCUCGACGCGCUCAUCUCACGCGUCGUACGAGGAUUCUCUUGCUCUGGGGUCACCUAGCGUCGCGGAGCCCGACACUUCGGAAGGGUCAAUUUUAUCCCUUUCCUCGCGUCACCCUCAUCUUACUUCGCCUUCUGGCUCGAACGUGUCCACAAGCACUUCCAGUCAACGUGACCUCGCCUUUGGCACAAGUACGAGUAUCUCGCCACGCGACAAUGACAAUCGUUCGCUCGACGCUCGCAGUCGACUGGCACUCCGUCAAGCGGCAGCUGUUGCGCCUCGCAUCGAUUCUGAUCCACCCCCGCUUAGCGCCUCUUCGCAACUAUUCAGAUCGAACUUCCUUCGCGCUUUUGACCCCGUCGGGACAGCUCGACAGCGAUUUCAAACUUCAGCCGCAUCGCGACGCAAUGCGCUACUUUCAUCAGGUCGCUUCGCGUCGUACGACUCCGACGACGUGGAUAUGCUGGCUCUCUCGAGCGAUGCACUUCCAUCUGCUCGAGCUUAUGCCUCUUCACAUGCGUCCUCAGAGCAGCCUCGAGGCUCGCCAAGCGAGGCGGCAACAAUGAGGCAAAGACGUAGUGAUGGGGUCACGUCUCUUUCUCAGCGGAUCGCGUCUCUACAAGAUGCGAUCUCCGAAAGUCAAGGAGUCUUGUCCGACCAGCGGCAGCGCAACGCGGACCUUCUAUCGAGCUUUGAUGAUGGAUCUUCGGACAUGACUGGAAGCGCCAGCUCUGGGCCAGUCAAUUCCCUUGCGAGCCUGAGCACCUCGAGCGGAGCGCCAUCCCCUAGCAGGACAGGCGAUGCAUUCGACGCCAACGCCGCGGGCGAGUUUGCGGCAAUGCUGUCGCGCUUGAGCUCGACUUGGGAGCGCGCUCGCGACCUCUUCGGUGCCGGGGUCACUUCCACCUCACCAGGCGACUCGAGUGUCUCCGAUGACGCUCUCAGUGAUGCAAGCUCAGCUCGGAGAGCAAGACGCGGUAUGUCGGUGGCCAGCCGCGUUCGACCAGCCGCGUCUUCCAGCAUCUUUAGCCCUACUGACUCGGUCAGCAGGGAUGGGAUGGCGGCCGACAGAGCUCGAUUUGAUCUAUCUUCGGAAGUCAGAAGCGUGACCGAGCGAACUAG